AUGGAGCUCGCGGGCCCCACUGAUGAGAACCCCUUCAGAGAUGCCAGGAGCAUCGUCCUGCCCGCGCCAUCCUCCGGCUGCGGGCAGAAGAGCAGCUGCUGGAUUCGCCAGCUGAUCCCAUUCAACUUCUGGGAAGAGGCGAAGAAGCUGCUGGUGCUGUCGGGGCCAUUGACCUUGAUCCAGUUGCUGGUCUUUAUGAUACACAUUGUAAGCUCUAUAUUCUGUGGCCAUCUGGGGAAGGUUGAGUUGGCCUCCGUCUCGCUUGCUAUUGCUGUUAUAAAUGUUACUGGCAUCUCUGUGGGGGUUGGUUUAUCUUCCGCAUGUGACACGUUAAUAUCCCAGACGUAUGGCGGUAAGAACAUGAAGCGGGUGGGGACCAUCCUGCAGCGUGGCACCCUCAUCCUGCUGCUUUGCUGCUUCCCCUGCUGGGCUCUCUUCAUCAACACCGAGCAGAUCCUGCUGCUGGUCCGGCAGGACCCGGAGGUCUCCAGGUUAACCCAGGUUUAUGUGAUGAUUUUUAUCCCAGCUCUUCCCGCCGCAUUUCUGUACCAGUUGGAGACGAGAUAUUUGCAGAAUCAGAGGAUAAUCUGGCCGGAGGUGCUAAGUGGCAUCACUGGAAAUAUCAUAAAUGCCAUUGCAAACUAUGUCUUUAUCUACGUGCUGGACCUCGGAGUCAUGGGUUCCGCCUGGGCAAACACUAUUGCUCAGUACACUCAAGCCAUCUUCCUGUUCCUGUACAUUGUUGCGAAGAAGCUCCAUGUGGAGACCUGGGGAGGCUGGUCCAGCGAGUGCCUCCAGGAGUGGGACACCUUCAUCACUCUGGCUGUGCCCAGCAUGCUCAUGAUAUGCAUCGAGUGGUGGACCUACGAAAUCGGAAGCUUCCUGAUAGGCCUGCUGAGUGUAGUGGAGCUUUCCGCACAAUCCAUCAUUUAUGAGGUGUCCACGGUGUCGUACAUGAUUCACUACGGACUCAGCAUAGCCGUCAGCAUUCAGGUGGGGAACGCGCUGGGCGCUGGGAACAUAGAGGAGGCCAAGAGAUCUUCCACCACCAGCAUGCUGUGCACAGGGUUUCUUUGCCUGGUGGUGGGCGUCAUAUUAGCAGCCACAAAGGAUGUGCUGGGAUACAUAUUUACCAGUGACAGAGAGAUCAUUGCCCUGGUGGCUUGGGUUAUGCCAGUGUACGUGGCCGUCCACGUGUUUGAAGCCGGCUGUUGCGUAACCAGCGGCGUGCUAAGAGGCGUGGGGAAGCAGAAGAUCGGCGCGAUCUUGAAUGCUGUUGGCUACUACGCCGUGGGCCUGCCAUUGGGAAGCGUGCUGUUGUUCGUGGCCAGGAUUGGAAUGAUAGGCCUCUGGGUCGGCUUGCUGAUCAGCGCCUUUAUCCCAGCCAGCUGCUCCGUCAUCUACAUUGGGCGGAUGAACUGGAAAAGGGCCUCCGAGGAGGCUCAGCAACGGGCAGGUGUGAGCCAGUUGGCCGGCAAGGAUUUGAACUCAGCUCCUGUCUCACACAAGAUGGCGCUCCCCUCUGUGGAAGCAGAAGCCCCGAACGGCGUUGUUCUGACGCGCAUCACUAAGACCGAGGGUCAGACGUACCGGCUAACGCUCCAGGAAGCCACGCCUGCCCUUUCCACUGUGGGUGAAAUGCUGUCUGUGAAGCAGCUGAUCAUACGGCGCGGGCUGGCCGUCACCGCAGCUAUUGCUGUACUCGCAGUAGGCAUUCUAAUAAGGGUCAUUACUAUCCACCACUAG